AUGGAUGCGUAUACGGCCGACCUAUUCAUAUCCCGCGACGAUGCCUCCGAUCAUCAGGCGCAGGCCCAGCCGCCUCCGACGGCCGUGGUCGACGAUUGGCCGCACGAUUCCGACGUAAGCGAGGGCACCCCCUCCCAGAAAUCGCCCUCCGGCCUGCGCUCGCGCAUCGCAAACAAUCUCGGCAAGAAGACGAGCAUCCAAGAUCGCCUAGUUGAGAGGCUGCUCCAACAGGUCAUCCCCGAGAGCUCCGAUGGCAUCACCAGCGGCGGCGACGACGCCCUCGCCCCGGGCUUCUCCCCGGACAAGACGAGCACCUUUUCCGAGCGGCCCAACUUCAACAUCACCGCAAUGUCCAACAACUUCCGGCGCUUCAACGCCCGCAUCGGCGUCGUCUUCAAGUUCCAGGCCCGCGUCGUCCGCCUCCUCAGCUGGCGCCGCCCGACCCACACCCUCUCCCUCCUCGCCGUCUACACUUUUGUCUGCCUGGACCCCUACCUCUUGACCGUCGUUCCGCUUGCCGGCUUCCUCCUCGCCGUCUUCAUCCCCUCCUUCCUCGCCCGCCACCCAGCCCCGCCCUCCGGUACCCUCUCCUCGGAGCAGUCCGUCGGCUACUCCCCCAAGGGCCCGCCCUUGGCCCCGGCCCGGACCGUGAAGCCCGUCAAGGAGCUCAGCAAGGACUUCUUCCGCAACAUGCGCGACCUCCAAAACUCAAUGGACGACUUUUGCGUCGCCCACGACGGCGUCGUCAGCACCGUCCUCCCCAUCACAAACUUCUCCAACGAGGCCCUCUCCUCGGCCCUCUUCCUCGCCCUCACCCUCACCACCGUCCUCAUGACCACCUUUGCCUCCCUCCUCCCCUGGCGCCUCAUCGCCCUGCUCGCGGGCUGGGCCGCCAUCCUCUCGGGCCACCCCGCCAUCGCACCUUUACUCACGCACACCCACGACACCCACGUCGCCCCGCGCGAGGCCCACGCCCGCUCCAGCGUCGAUGCCUGGAUCGCGGGCGACAUCAUACUCGACUCGGCGCCCGAGACCCGCGAGGUGGAAAUCUUUGAGCUUCAACGCGCCUCCCACGACGAGUGGGAACCCUGGCUCUUCUCCCCUUCUCCGUACGACCCGCUUUCCCAACCCCGCAUCGCCGGCGAGCGGCCCCGCGGCACGCGCUUCUUUGAGGACGUGCUGCCACCCGACGGGUGGGCUUGGUCCGAGAAGAAGUGGGCGCUGGAUCUGUGGAGCAGGGAGUGGGUGGAGGAGCGCAUCAUUACGGGCGUCGAGGUUGAGACGGAGGGGGAGCGGUGGGUGUAUGACAUGUAUGAUGAGAAUGGCGGCGGCGGCUUUGGGGUGGUAGACUCGCCGACAACGGGGAAGGGCAAGGCGAGGGUUCCUCCUGGGCCGACGCCGAGCUGGGAGGAGGGCGAGGACGGGACGGGACGGAGGGGGGAGUGGAGGCGGCGAAGGUGGGUUAGGCUUGUGAAGAGGAGAGCUACGAUGAGUACGGCUUGA